AUGUCAAAUAUUUGUUCACAACACCCACUCAAAUCACUAGAGUUUAUUUGCUAUCAAUGCAAUAGAUUAAUGUGUUCAAGAUGUACGAUCAAUCAUAAUAAAGAACAUACUGAUCAUGUUUUAAACUAUGAACACAUUGAUGAUAUCAGACAAUCAUUAAGCAGUUUUUUAUUAAUAGAUGAAAAAAAUAAUAGUAAUAAUAAUAAUAGUAGUAGCGAUAGUAAUGCAUUAAAUUCAACUAUUAGAGCAAUAUGGAAAUCAUUGAAAUCAACAUCAGAAAGAUAUCAAUCAUUAUCAGCAACAGAGAAUGAGAUAUCACAACACUUUGAGCAAUUACAUCAAUAUCUAGUCACUGAAGAGUUUAGACUAAAGAAACCAAUCGUCAUUAAAAAAGAUACAAUAGUAAAUCAAAUAGAAAAUAAUAUUAAGCAUUUGAAAUAUUUAUAUCAAAUCAUUGAUAUAAAUAAUAAGUUAAAUGUUAAUCAUGAAAAAGAAUCACCAAAUUCUAAUCAAAAAGAAUCUGCAGAAGAUACCACUACACAAUAUUCAACACCAACAAUCAUUAGUUCAAUUUCAUCCAGUUCAUCAUUACAAUCAUUCAUACAAGAUAAUAAUCAAACAUUGUUCAAUGAUCAUCAUGAUCCAUUCAAUACUGAUGAGCUUAUCAAACAACACAACAACGAUUCAUCAUCAUUACUAUUAGAUAUUAUUCAUAAAUAUAAUAAUCAAUUCAAAGAUUUAAAGUUGUCAGAGGAGAACAAUGAAGAAGAAAUUCAAAUUUCAAUAGGACAGAUCAAUUUGAGUCAAUUCAAUUCUAUUAUAGACAAGCUAACCAAUUUGGCAGAAACAUCGAGAAGAGCUGCAUUUAUUUUCAUCACACAUCGUGAGAAAAAUGGAGCUACACUUUUCAAUACUCUUGAUAGUUCAAUUGAACCGUUGAAACUUGACUACUGUUUUAGAGCUACCAACUCGUCAAUGGUUUCGAUUGGUGAAUAUAUCUAUAUAUUCGGUGGUUGGAACAAUCCAAACAAAUGGUUUAAAUUCUCGAUUGUAUCGAAAUCAUUCGAACAUAUAGGCGAGAUGGAAGGAAUCGAAGGUGAUCGAUUAAUAUCGGUUUGUUAUGACGGUCAAGAUCACAUCUAUUUGGUUAAUGGUAUUUCCUCUCAUAGAAUCGAUAGAUUUAAUAUCAACACAUUGAAAUUCGAAAAGUGGAUAUACCAUAACCAAAUUACAGGUGGUGAGCAUCUAUCGACGAUGAUCUUUAAAGGAACUCUAUAUUCAAUAUCAAGCGGUAAAAGAUCUAUAGUUGAAAUAAGUUUAUCAGAUAGAGUUUCUUCAAGCCGCGAAUUAGAUAUUAAACCCUACACAGCAUGUCAUGAUAAUUUAGGAAAUUUCUAUAUCCACUCCAAAGAAGAAAAUAGAUUCAUAAAAUACAAUGUUGAAACGAAAAAGAUAACCAAUCUCAGUCCAAUCCCCGCAAAGAAUAGCGAAGUUUUUCUAAAGUUUCAUCGAUUUUCCGCAAAAAUCAGUCAUAUCUUUUCAUUUGGUGGUGUUGAAUAUGGUAAUUUCAAAUAUUCGAUUGAAGACAACCAAUCUGAACAAAUAUUUCAAGAUGAUAGGGAACAAAGACAGUGGUGUGGAUCCGCGUCAAUUUAA